AUGAUCUUCUGCCAGGCAAAUUCCAAAAGCUGCAAGGCACUAAUGUCUAUCCUCAAGAAGUACGAAGAAGCAUCUGGACAAAAGAUUAAUCGUCAGAAAUCAUCCAUCACUUUCUCAGCCAAGACGAGCAAUAAUGUGAAACAACAAGUCAAAAAUGCACUCGGGAUACAACAAGAAGGUGGGAAUGGGAAGUACCUAGGACUGCCGGAGCAUUUUGGCAGAAGUAAAAAGGAUCUCUUUAGCCGCAUAGUCGACAGAAUCAAGCAGCGAGUGCAGAGUUGGUCCACCAAGCGUCUCUCAUCUGCGGGAAAAUUGACAAUGCUCAAAUCGGUUUUAGCAGCAAUGCCAACGUACACCAUGACCUGUUUCAAACUGCCAGUUUCACUGACAAAACGAAUCCAGUCAGCCCUUACCAGAUUUUGGUGGGACGGAAGUGAUGAUAAGAGAAAAACCAGUUGGAUCGCAUGGACAAAACUCAUAAAAUCAAGAAGAGAAGGAGGAUUGGGGUUCAGGGACUUACAGUGUUUCAAUGAUGCUCUAUUGGCAAAAGUGAGCUGGCGAAUACUCACACAACCGGACUGCCUCCUGGCGCGAGUCUUUCUCAGAAAAUACUGCCACGAUACACCAUUCUUGGAGGGGGGAAUCUCGGCAACGGCAUUACAUGGCUUGAGAGGAAUUUGCAUAGGCAGAGACCUCCUCAGGCCAUAUGUAGGGAAAGCAAUAGGAGACGGGAAAUCCACAAGACUGUGGGAUGACCCUUGGCUCUCAUUAGAACAACAGGAACGACUCCUAGGGCCACCUACGGAAGCAACAAAAGAUAUGUUAGUGGUAGAACUAAUCUCACCAGUCACAAAAACGUGGGACACGAACAAGUUGAGAGACAUCGUCCCGGCAGCAGAGGCAACAAUCAUGGAACUAAAACCAAGCAAAUUGGGAGCGAGAGACACCUACAUCUGGCUGCCAACAGCCACAAGAGAAUACACAGCAAAAUUCGGCUACUACGAACGCCUGAACCAAAACCCGGAGGAACAGUAUGAAGAUCAAGUGGAACAAGAAGAGAGAUAUAACUGGUUAAAUAAUAUAUGGAACAUACAUAGCUCACCAAAAAUGAAGAUGUUCCUAUGGAAAGCGAUGAAUGGGGCAUUACCGGUGGGAGAAAACCUGAAGGCCAGGAAUAUCAACACAACAGUCCGGUGCCCACACUGCGGAGAGGAGGAAACGACGUCACACCUCCUAUUCCACUGCAACUUUGCAGCUCAAAUCUGGAGAAGAAUACCCUGCAAAAGCCAAAUUGAACCUAUGAGUAUUGGAGAUAUACGGACAGGAAUUGAAUUGUCGCCAAGCAUUAUUUGCUUACCGCCCACAGGAAUCGGAGAAGGGCCCAUCUUCCCCUGGAUAGCGUGGAGGAUUUGGAUCGCCAGAAAUCUACUCAUCUUUGAGAGGAAGAGUCAGACCGUAGAGGAGGUAGUGACUCAGGCGGUGACUUAUGCGAGAGAAUGGCAAAUGGCACAACAAACGAAGAGAAAAGCAGCGUCUCCGGCGUAUACACAAUACCGCAGAAUCGGACAGAUCCCUGGACGGGAAUGGAUGACAUGCAAAUCCGAUGCGGCCUGGAGAGAAGACACGAAAUCAGCGGGCUUUGGCUGGGUCAUCUCCAGAGGAAACAGCAGCAACAAAGAAGAGAUCCUACACCAAGGAUCGGACACACAACGAUUCGUCAGAUCACCACUCUCUGCCGAGGGCUUGGCGGCGCUCACACGAGCAAGGGAUCUCGGAAUCAAACACCUCGUCGUCGCCUCAGAUUCGCAGCAGCUAAUCAAGGCUAUUAAGAAGGAGUUCUCCACAAAGGAACUCCAUGGGAUUCUCCACGAAAUCCUGAAGCUAUCACUGGAUUUUGAGAAGAUCGAUUUUGUUUUCAUUUCACGGGAAAAGAACAGACAAGCCGAUGCUUUGGCAAAACAGGCUCUGAUUGUAAUUGAACCGGUUUAA